AUGUGGACUCGCCUGCCGAUUGGAAGCAGUUCUGUGCUUGAGGAACCAUCACGCAGACAGCGCUACGUCCUGGCGUGCGAAGGUCAGACCUCUAGGACAAGGUUGCAAGGUGUACUCCUGAACCGCGAGAGACAGCGUAGCCUCGGUAGAGAAAGCAUAGCAGAGCCCAAGUUGCCUGACAGUAGUACGAGGAACGGAAUCAUAAGAUCUAUAAUGGUAGACUGUAAUCCGCUCAACACAGCAGGACCCAUCGGAUACAAAACAAAUCGCUCCGACGACAUCGGAAGACAUUCCGACGGAUAUGGACCGCCAUCAUCGCAGAGCUCGAAACUAGAGGCCUUCUUGCAUGGCCACCUGAGAACAAUAAGCGCUGGUACGCAAAUGGAGCUUUCGAUUACACCAAACAAGAGACUCGACUCAGCAACAUGUGCUUCUACGACCGACCAUGAUCUCAAGCUGCGAAUCCUAAGCAAGCUGUUUGCGCCUGCGCUCAAGACUCUCGAUGAACGUGCUACGCUGGCCCAUUCCACACGAUAUCACGACCUGAUGCGACGCAAAGCAGACACCGCGACUCGACGCACGCAGACUAGACAUCCCAACCUAGAAACAUCGACCAGAAGUCGCCAAAGAGCACUUGUAGCAAGUCCUCCAGAUCCAAGGAGAACGCAAUCUCUCAAGUGGAGCCCACGUUUCAGACGGAGGGCAGAGUCGUCUGCGGCUUUGCAUCGUCUAAGUCGCGGGUGGGAGUUGAAGUUCGCAGAAAGUGUGAAGUGGGUGUGGGACGCUAUGUCCGGGCGGCAGAAGAAGCCAUUCAAGCUUCUCCGGAGGUGUCAUCAGCAGAAGCAAGCUUCUGUGCGUAAUGUGAGGUUUGGCCGCGAUCUGAUGGCAGCUUUUGAUUGUGAAUCACGCACUCCGUCAAUUGGCUUAGCAAUUCAAUCCAAUUCAAUCCGGCUUAUUCCUGCUGACUAA